AAAACGGAAAGAAUUUUGCAUUUUCCAACCGUCCCUCUCUCUCUCUCUCUCCCCCCUCCACACAUUGGGUGCUACACUGCAAGACUAGAGCUUUUUCGCAAGUGUAAGACCAUAAAUGGACCAAAAUCAAGAACUUGCAGUCGCCCAGCUCAGGAGGGCAGUUCACAAUCUUGGCUCUUCCACUGAGAGAUAUGGGGAUAUAACUCUCACGAGAUUCCUGAUCGCAAGAUCAUUCGACAUCGACAAGGCUGCAAAGAUGUUUGUGCAGUGGCGGGAUUGGAGGGCUUCCUUUGUGCCCCUAAAUUCCAUCCCUGAAUCGGAAAUUCCCGAUGAACUAAGCGCAGAAAAGAUCUUUUUGCAGGGCCCUUCCACAAAAGGCCAUCCUUUGGUGAUUUGCAAAGCCAACAAGCAUUUUCCUGCCAAGGAUGCUCUUCAAUUCAAGAAAUUUGUGGUUCAUCUGCUCGACAAAACCAUAGCAAGUGGCUUUAGAGGCAAAGAAAUAGGAAAUGAAAAGCUGGUUGCCAUUCUUGAUCUACAAAAAAUUGGCUACAAGAACGUUGAUGCUCGUGGUUUAAUCACUGGUUUUCAGUUCUUGCAAGCAUAUUAUCCCGAGCGCCUAGCCAAAUGUUACCUGCUACACAUGCCUGGAUUUUUCGUGCGCGUUUGGAGGUUGGUUUCGCGCUUCCUUGAGAAAGCAACUUUGGAAAAGAUUGUGAUCGUGACAAAUGAGGAGGAACAAGAGGAAUUCGUUAGGGAAGUUGGUGAGGAGGUGUUGCCGGAGGAGUAUGGUGGGAAAGCGAAGCUGACCCUUCUACAAGAUGUGGAGCUUCAGCCAUUAACAGAAUGACUAAGUUAUUUGAGAAGAGCCUAACCACUUGCUGAUUUUAGUAGCUUCCAUAUGGAUUUAUCAAGAAGAAUGAGAGAGGAAGGCAUGCAAGGAUCAAGAGAUUAAUGGUUUUAGUAUUGUACUACUAGUUACACUUUUUUAGGUGCAUUAAAUCUGCAUACUACUGUGGUGAAUUAUUAUAUAUGUAUGUUGUCUAAUUCAUCCUAGUAUGCAGGUUUGUUUCUUUAUCUUUUAUGAAGUAAGUAUUAAAAAACAGGAACAUAUAAUAAACAAAGCUACUCCUUAUUUUUAUAAAGUUGUACUACUAUUGUAAUUGCAA